GCUGUGGACCUCGUGACCACAACAGAAACAUGGCGGCCGCAGCUGCAGUCCGGUCGAGCGUGGGUCUGACUUUGAGACUUUCUCGAGUCAGACCGGACUGUAGCACAUGUCCGCUGUACCGGCUGAGGAGCGGGGUGACCGGCGGGGCUGACCCACAGAGGAGCGGCUCUCUCCACAGCUGCAGGACGAUAAACCGACAUUUACAGACGAGCAUGGGUCUCCACCACAGUGAGGAGGGCGGCUCCAAUGCUGAGGACCCAGAGGAUGUGGUGAAUGUGGUGUAUAUAAAUCGAUCUGGACAGAAGAUCCCAGUUCGAGCCAAAGUGGGAGAUAAUGUUCUGUAUUUGGCUCACAAGCAUGGAAUUGAACUGGAAGGAGCCUGCGAGGCAUCGUUAGCCUGCUCAACGUGUCACGUCUAUGUGAACGCGGACCAUUUUGACAAACUGCCAGAGCCUGAUGAGCGGGAGGAUGACAUGCUGGAUAUGGCGCCCAUGCUCCAGGAGAACUCCCGGCUGGGAUGCCAGAUAAUUCUCACUCCAGAGAUGGAUGGCAUCGAGUUGACCUUGCCCAAAGUCACCAGGAACUUCUAUGUGGACGGCCAUGUUCCCAAACCUCACUGAGAUGAGGCACAAUAGAUGAAGACGGGGGACUGGGACAGAAAUUAGUAUCGCUGUGAGCUAGCCACCAGGUGUGCUGGUUGAAAGAGGGGGGCGACGCACGGCUAAGAUAGUAACGUCCGUAGCAACUCCCCAAACAUCUUGCUGACUGACAAAUUCCACAGUUGACCAAUGACUUGACAGGCCUGCAGAUGAGACCACAGAGUCUGAUACUGAGUCUCACAGAGGGUAAAACUAAUGGUUUGUUCCAAAAACAACUGGGAUGGUUUGACUGAUAAUGUAUUUAUUUUAUGUGGAGAAUUCUCAGGCCUGAACACACAAUUCAAUCUAAACUGUUCUUUGAGAGGAUUUUUUGACAUUUUAUAGUUAUGUCAUUAUGCUAUUUUUAACAAAGUCCAUCUUUGUGCUGUCAAAUGGAACAUUCCUUGUUACAGCUCAUAUACGCACAAGUAUCACAUGAUGUUCUCAGUUUAUCAUUUCCACACUGAUCCAUUUGUCAGAUAUUGUAUACAUAGCAUUUCAUUUUUAUGAGUCUGGUUCUUUUGUAGGUGUUUUUGUUUUUCUCAUCAAGGACUAAAGCCAGAUACAGAGGAAACAGAUGUGUAUUAUAAUGAAGUGUAUCUGGAAGCCCAAAGUUCCCUGAAGCUUAAAGGGUGGACUCUUAAAUACACAAACGAGACUGUUGAAACUCAUUUUAUUCACUAUAAACACGUAAUAAUUAAAUAAAUGAGUUGUGUUUCUGAAGGUCAGAUGAAAUAUGCAUGUUGAAGCACUUCCUGUCAGGUGACAGUGAUUGUGGCUUGAUGAGUUGAUGUGGUUCAGGUUUGCUGUGAUCCUGGUUUGAAGCUCGUCAACACAAAAUGAGUUUACCUCAUCCCUCCUUUACUUGUUAACUCUACUGUACUUAUCCAGCUUACACACAUGUCAGUGAACUGUCUCUAUUAUGUCUUAGGAAACAUUUAAAGUUGUGCAAUAAAAUGUUUUGAAAAUUA